CAAGGUAUUUACACUCACGUGACUACCGACAAAUGGAGGGAAUCGACGUGUACCUAAGCAGAGCCACAAAGGACGAUCGUCUGACAAACGACGACUGGGAAUGGCUUUGGAAGAACGGAGGCACACCGUGGGCCAAGGACGCCGUUAACCCUUGGCUGGUGCAGUAUAUUGACGAGCUGACGUCGAAGAGGGAAGGUGUUCGAAUUCUUUUGCCUCUCUGUGGGGAUACGUUUGAUAUGAAGUGGCUUGUUGAUCGUGGUCACAGAGUUGUUGGCGUUGAGGCAUCAGAAACAGCCAUUCUCAAGUUUUUCUCGACACACGAGAUAGAGUACAAAGUAGAGCCUGUAGAGGGCAUAGAAAAUGCAAGCGUUUACAAAGCUUGUGAUGAUCGACUCCAAAUCUUUCAAUGUGAUUUCUUUGCUGUGACCAAAGAAACCAUCGGCAUGUUUGACAGCAUUUGGGACUUUGGAGCACUUGUGGCUAUUCCUCCUGAGAGAAGACAGGAAUACGUCGACAUCAUAAAAGCCCUAUUGAGUUCCAAAGGCAGAAUCAUCCUUGAAACAAUCUACCACAGAGAAAAGAACAAAUUCGAUGGUCCACCAUUUACGGUUGAAGAUGAGAAAGUUGCUGAGUUGUAUGCUCCAUACUUUGAUUUCAAGUUCCUCACACAGAGAACGAACCACGAGAUUAUGAGAAAGUUCACAGAGAUUGGUUUCACGCAGUUUCUGAAUGUCGUAUUUUUGAUGUGGAUCUUACAUGACGAGUGAUGGUCGUGGACUCUGGUGACAAUUUUGAUGAGACAGACACGUUUUCUGUGUUGUAUUUUAAUGAUGUGUUAGCUGUGCUUUGUUAGGUAGUUAGUAAGUGAGUGAGAAGUUUAGUGGAUGUUGGUGCAGGUAAUGGCAAUGAAUUGAGUGAUGGUUUGGUA